AUGGUGCUCUCUCCUACCGGUCCCGCGCUCGUGCUCGAGACUGUGUCUAUUGUCCUUCUUACCUUGUCAUGGGUCGUCGUCGUUGCUCGGGUGCUCGUGCGGAAGGGCAUGAAGGCGUUUGGUUUGGAUGAUUGGAUGAUGGUGUCAGGACUUGUUCUAUACACACUUGCUUGCCAGGCCACAAUCACAUCAGCCUAUAACGGCAUUGGCGCUCACAAGGAACGCAUUACUGUCUAUUAUGACCAACAGGGCCGUAAGUGGUUCAUGUUCUUCCAGAUCUGGUACAUUGCCUCCACCGUACCGAUCAAGUGUGCCAUUUGCAUCGCCCUCCUCCGCAUCACCCAGCAGCGCAAAUACCGCUACUCGCUCUGGGGCAUCAUGUUCCUGAGUACCAUCGGCGCCGUAACCACCAUCGCCACCGUCCUGGCCCAAUGCCAGCCGAUUGCCGCAACCUGGGAUAAGGAUCUCGGCACCUGCAUCGACACGAAGGUCAUCACCAACUCGUCAUACUUCCUUUCAGCCUGCUCCAUCAUCACCGACUGGUCUUGUGCCAUUCUUCCAGCCUUCAUCCUAUGGAACGUUCAGCUGCGCUUCCGCAUCAAAGCCUCUGUCGUCGUUAUCCUGGCCCUGGGUGUCGUCGCCUCCACCGCCACCCUCGUCCGCCUCCGCUACCUCCUCAACUACAACAGCCCAGACGACUACCUCUACGGCCUCGCCAACAUCGCCGUCUGGUCCAUCAUCGAAUCCGGCAUCGGCCUCGUCGCCGGCUCGCUCCCCGCCCUGCGGCCCCUCCUCCGCUUCAUCCCCUUCUUCGGCUCCUCGCUGUCGCACAGCGGGCCCAGCAAGGACGCCGCCACGACCGCCAACGGCGGCCGCACCCGCCGCGGCAGCCGCCUGACCAGCACGCACAACCACCACCACAAACUCGACACGUUCCGCAUGUCGGGCGACGACGGCAACGGCAGCGCCGGCGGCAGGGACGCCGCGGCCUACGGCGGCGGGGAGCGCUACCAGACGGCGUGCGAGGCGGGCAAGCGCAACUGGGAGGAGCUGUCGGACGCGGAGAGCCAGAAGUACAUCCUGAAGGAGAGCCACGUCACCGUCACCAACGAGGCCGUCGGCGUCGUCGAGCACUUGGAGAUGGACGACUUCGAUCGCGAGCACAUGCGGAGGCAUCCCGAGGAGCACGAGUACGACCGCGAUCGCCAUGACCAUCCGUCGCCGUUGUCGGAUGAGAGCGGCGGCGGCGGUGGUGGUGGCGGCGGCGGCGGCAUGUUUGGGGGGAAGAGGUGA